AUGCCUAACGAAUCGGUGACACUCGAUCCCGCCGCCGUUACCUAUUCGGCUGGUACUUUCGAGUUCGUCCCCGUGAUUCGAGACAUUCUUCGCACGCGCUAUUGCGUCCCUGGGUCCAUUUUCCUCGUUGAAGGUCUUGAACGAGUCUCGGUCUCGCGUUCUGGACGAUGGCAGGCUGUACGACUACUCCUCGGUGAUGGAGCCAUCUGCAUUCAGGCUCUUUUAGGGGCGAAUAUGCAUCGGUUUGUUCAGACGGGAGAGGUUGCUUUGGGAGCGUACAUUCAAUGCGAGGUUUUCCAUGUCAAGUGGCAGAAUAUCGAGGAUCGCACUAUGGUAACGCUUGUUGUCGAGGAUCUUGUCACUAUCGGAUGGAACGAAUCGUAUCGAGCUCUUGGGCAGGAUCAGGAGCCCGUAACGCAGCCGUACCCAGCGACAUCUGAACAGCCACCUCAAGAGCCAAAGGACAUGCAACCAGAAAAGCCAAAAGCUACGGCCAAGCCCAGUUCACCACACACCGGGGAUUUUGGCUUUGACGAUGGUGAAGAAGCUGCCGAGGAAACCUUUGAGGCCUUUGAGACUCUUGCGUACCCGACAAAGCCCAAGCCUCAGCAGAAGCCUCGGCAGCCCAUUGCUAUGCCCCGCGACUGGCAUGACCCCCAGACACCGUUGAAGCUCACGACGCUACGGUCCAUCCCGCAUCUCCCAUACAAGCAGAAUUGGUCUUGCAACGUGCUUGCCAUAAUAGCCUCGCUGUCGGACGUGGAGCCAUCCAACCUCCCUCCACACAGGCAGAGGACUGCGCGACUUGCCGACCCCUCCACAUCUAAACAAGUACAUCUGACGGUGUUCCUCGACCCUGAAGAGUUUAAUCCUCGCGUCGGAAGCGCGGUCCUACUUGUUGGAGUUAAGAACCACCGGUUUGAUGGAGGGAGCUUGAAGAAGUAUGAGAGCGAUCGCAAGAAUGGGCGGUGGUGGUUUGAGGACCCAUUGGAGCUGGGAUGGGCUCCGAUAAAUCACAAUAAUGAAUUCUCUCGCGUCAUUUCUGGUAUAUUUGGAGACUUCAACUUUGGUCUUGCUUCUGGUCACAUGACCGUUCCUGCACAUGUGCUCCACGCCAUCAACACGAUGCAGAUCACUACAGACCAACAUGUCCAAAAGGCUCCGGCUUCGCCAAGUCAUGGUCGCACCAAGAAGCAGGCCAUCGACGACUUCCUAGCGGAUCUGUCGCCUUGGGAUAUCUUGUACCUGCGGGGCCGAAUCCGUGACGCAACCAUCGUGCUCUCGGGCCUCCAAGAUCUACCCCCAGAGCUCAUAUGCCUUAUUCUUUCUUAUCUAAGUGUCAAGGACUUUCGGGCUUGCAGAUUAGUCUGUAAAGCAUGGGCAACGGCGUGGACGCAAGAUUCGGUCUUGGCACGAGCAUGUCGGAACUUCUUCCCCGGUCUCUUGGAGACGUACCCGACAACGCCUGGCAGGCAGCUCUUUUCUAUGGCAGUUAAGAAACGAAAGAAGUGGCAGCGACCAUUCUCAAAGUACACAUGGAUGCGGUGGAACCAGGGCCUCAGCAGCAUCUUUCGCGAGUCAACUCCGCCGUCGCAGCUUGGCCCAGUACCUGUCGAUUCGUGGUAUCCUUCGCUUUAUGCGAAAGAGAAGCUGGCGUGGCAGCCUAGGUUGGACAGGGUUAUCGUUGAUGAUUUGCGGACAAGAGAAAGACAUAGGUUUCUACCUCCUGGAGGUGCCAUGUCGGGCACUCAAUUCCGGCUUGUGUGCAUCAGUGAUCAACUUCUUGUGAUGAGAGAAGCCAACCAGCCCAACCGAAAGAUAUUUAUCGCCAAUCUAGCUACAAAAGAGUGGAAGACCAUCUCUUUGCCUGGUCCAUUUGCUACAGCGCAUACAGAGGCCAAGACUGUUGGCAUUGGGACAUCAACCGGACAGAUCGUAGUCUUCACUUGGGGCGGCAAGACGACACAGCUCGACCUCACAAAGGUCCAGACUUGCCCGCCCGGGUCGGAGCGCUUAUUUGGAGGUGUAGCCAAUGUCUUGCCGCACCCGACACAAGAUAAUGUGGUGUUUGCGGUAUGGGCAUGCUCCCGCAAGAUUUCGAACUUUAAACAGAUCAGCUUUGCUGUGAUCAAAUUCGAAGACGGCCAGCCAGUGUGGUGGGCGACCGAAGACAUUCCAAACCCCAGACGACACGCCAACAGAGACUGCAACCAAGAGAGCUAUCUCGGAUUGUCGUUUGCGUGCAGAAAGUCAGACAACUGCGGAUCUUUUGCUCUGGGCAUCUAUCGAAGCCAAAACGAGGUUCAAACACUGCCUGGUAUUUGCUAUGGAUGCUUGCCGGCGACAAGGGUUGGCGAUUGGGGUGCUGUCUCUUUCAACGUCUUGACGCAGACCUUUAAACACUACGAAUAUAGAUCCUCACGGCCCGACCUUCUCUGGAUUGGAAGCCCUCAGCCUCAUUUGACAGCGGGAAGGGAACUGUUAUUUGUGGAUGCACACCUCUGGAAUGAAGACUUGCUGCUGGCAGCAUCCACAGCCGACGGAAACAUGCGCAUCGACCUCCACCUGCAAACGAUACAUCCUGUGGGAAGCGGCUUUUCGGGUGAACCACGCUGGGCGCCGAUUCGACUUCGAGACUCGGUGCAUGCCGCGAGGACGAGGAUAUUUCAGGAUGACGACUUUGUGGUAGUACCCACCAUCGGAGGCGUCGUCAUGUUUGAACCGUCUGACUCGCCGUCGGAGGGGAGGCCGGCGGAUGCCUUUGUCGACUCACUGGAUACGCCUCAGCCGCUGGACCGUUGGAAAUCGGAGACGUUGAUCUUGAUAAAGGAUGAUCCUGCGCCUGAGAGUCCAUCCGCGAGGGCCUCCUUGCUUCGGCUCGCCAACAAUCAAUAA